AUUAAUCAAACUUAUAUUUUCUCCAACAGAAAAGAACCCUAAUCCAAAUGCAACGGCGAACCGCGCCUACUGUAAUAUUCUCCGAUGCCCCUUCCGGCGGUCCUGCAGCAUUCGUCCUCCGGUUUACUAUCCCUCCUAAGAGCCUGCAGGACCAUCGUUGAUCUCAACCAAAUCCACGUCCACAUCCUUCGCAGAGGCCGCCAGCAGGAUCAUUUCCUGGUCGCCCAUUUCAUCUCCGUCUGCGCAGCGGCUCUGCCGACCAAUCUCUCGUACCCCACCAGCGUUUUCAAUUCCGUCACCCGCCCGAACAUAUACCUCUGGAACAUUCUGCUAAAGGCCUACUGCGAGAACUCUACCCUUCACGAGUGUUUAUCGCUUUUCAGUCGGAUGAGAAGGAGCUCGAGCUUGACUCCCGAUAAGUACACCUUUUCUCCUUUAAUAAAGUCCUGCUCUAAUGCUCUAGCUUUGAGGGAGGGGUGUAUCAUCCACGGGGUCUCCGUGAGGUGUGGUGCCGUGGAGGAUGUCUUCGUGGGCUCCAGCCUGAUCGCCUUCUACGGAAAGUGCGGGGAGAUCGAGUGCGCGCGUAGAGUGUUUGAUGGAUUACCCCUGAGGAAUGAGUUUUCCUGGACAGCGUUAAUGGUGGGGUACAUUAAUUCAGGCGAUAUGUGUGCUGCGAGACGCCUGUUUGAAGAAAUGCCCGUGAGGAACGAGCCCACCUGGAAUGCGAUGAUCAAGGGUUUGGUCAAAUUGGGUGAUAUGAACAGCGCUAGAAAACUGUUCGAUGAAAUGCCCGUGAGAAGCGAGGUCUCCUUCACGACUCUAAUCGAUGGGUACGCCAAGGCAGGACAAAUGUCGGCCGCUAGGUCCUUGUUCGACCAGCUGCCCCACAAGGAUCUGGUCUCUUGGUCCGCCUUGAUCUCAGGCUACGUGCAGAAUGGUGAGCCCGGCUAUGCACUAAGGGCCUUCCGCGAAAUGUGGGCCACGGGCCUAAGGCCAGACGAAUUUGUGAUGGUGGGCCUGAUGUCUGCCUGCUCUCAACUUGGCUCGUUGGAGCUCGCGAGAUGGAUCGAUUCCUAUCUCAUGGAGCCUGGCAGGCCAUUCGACCUGACUCGAGCCCACGUGUUAGCAGCCCUUGUCGACAUGAACGCCAAAUGUGGAGACUUGGAUCGGGCAGCUCGGUUAUUCGAGGACAUGCCCAGACGAGACUUGGUCUCUUACUGCUCUAUGAUGCAAGGGUUGUGCAUUCAUGGGCGUGGGGCCCACGCAGUUUCUCUGUUCGACAGAAUGAUCCAUGAGGGCGUGAGGCCUGAUGACGUGGCGUUCACUGUGGUCCUGACUGCGUGCGGCAGCGCAGGCUUAGUAGACGAGGGGUGCCGUUAUUUCGAGAUGAUGGCCCGUGAUUACUCCAUGAGCCCGAAUGCGGAGCAUUACGCGUGCAUGGUUAGCCUUCUUGGUAAAUGCGGGAAAUUGAGGGAUGCCUUUGAACUUAUACGAUCGAUGCCCGUUGAAUCGAAUGCUGGGGCUUGGGGAGCUCUGCUCGAGGCGUGUAGAGUGAACGGUGACGUUGAUUUAGGGGAGAUAGUGGCACGUAAGCUCUUCGAAAUGGAGCCACGGAGAGGAAGCAGUUACGUGCUUUUGUCUAAUAUUUAUGCUGAGGCUGAUAAGUGGCUUAGCGUGUCUCGUUUGAGGGAUAAAAUGUGUGAGAAGGGAGUUAGGAAGUUCCCCGGAUGCAGUUAUUUGGAGUCGACUUCUUCUGAUUAAUCAAGGCCAAACCAUUAUAAAUGGCGAAGACCUCUUUUGUAGUCGCGUCCAAGACUGUUAAUCAAAGCUUGGUGGCAACCGAGACUGAGUCAAAUAAAAAUGCUGGAAAUCAAUGCCAUUCUCUAUGAAUGCGUUGCUACUUUCAUGUACGUUGAAGAUAAUGGAGGAUUAAGGGUACUUGCUAUCAAUUUUCUGGGUAGAUAUCUGUCUAGCCGUGAUAACAAUAUCAGAUAUGUCGCAUUGAAUAUGCUGAUGAAAGCAAUCACCUUAGAUAGUCAAGCAGUGCAGAGGCAUCGAGUCACGAUUCUGGAAUGUGUAAAGGUUUUAACGUUCUUAGCUUUUAUGAAUAAAAGGUGUGCAUCGCCUGAUAGGAAUGGACUUGGAGAUAGAAGCCCAUCGCCUGUUGAGGCCGGAGAGGCCAGCCCAAGCCAAAGCCCACAGGUUGAGGAUGAUGAUGAUAAUAACAAUAAUGGGGCCCGUUCUCCUCCAAGGGGCUGCGAGUCUCCUUAA